UGGUUAUGGGAACCCUUUUGUUCCUUUAAAUUUCUUACAGCCUGUUGGCAUUCAAAGAUCCUCAUUUUUGAGCAUGUACCAGUGCCCAGGGGGUUUUAAAAACAUGGAUUCCACACCUCACAUGGUUAGUCAUCCUUCAACAACAGUCACAGAAAUUAAUUCAGUCAUUGCCAAUAAGGAGAGUGGUGCACUUCUGGCAAAAGAGAUUAUUCAGGAGAAAACACUAGGUCCCAUCAUGAAUAAUACAACAUUGCCACUGCCAACAUCUGAGGAAGCUCUUUUUAGAUCCAGUCCCAACCAUCUAGGCAAACAUUUCGCCUUAAAACCACAUAUGGACUGUUCUCAAUACCAGUCAGUGACAGCCAAAGCAAUGAUGCCUCCUGAUAAACCACAGAUUGGAGAAGCAGAGCCAAAGCAACAAACAAUGCUGCAGUAUCCAACAGAAAGUCUGAUCAAAGCUUUAACCAGCCUUGGCCUUUCUCUUGAGGAUCUAGAAUUACUCAGUCAUUGCCCAGAAAACCAGUUAACAACAGAGAAUCUCCCCUUCAUUAUAAAAGACAUUCAACAGCGCAAAGGAACAAAGGACAUUAAAUAUGGCCAUGCUAGAUGUAUCUCAUCUGAUCAAGUGGGAGAGUCAUCAUACACUCAUGGGGAACAGAGGAAUCCGAGGAUUAUAAAUGGUGAAUGGCAAGAAUCCCAUUCCCAGAGAUCUCUCAGCCCUGAAAGAUGUCGCUCAUCUAAAGUCAUUUAUAAGCACUUCUCGACCCAAUCUAGAACACUAAGAACAAGACAUUCAUCAGGAAGAGGAUCAAAUUCCUUCCUAAAGAGGCUGCAACAUGAGCCUGCUGAGGUCACCGGCUGGAGGCCUGGUUCAGUCUAUUUUCCCCCUCGAUCAAAACGCAGCAUAAGCCACAGCUUUGUCUCUCUAGACUGUAAUAAAGCAAUACAUUAUACUACACAAAGACCCUUGUCCUCUCCACACAGAUCCAACACUUACAAUGCCAUGACAAAAAGUCAUCAACAGUCUUCAUUUCCAGUCAAAUCUGCAAAAUCAGAAGUAACCGCUGAAUCCAUCAACAUUCAGAUGCCAGUAACUAAGACGACUGCAAAAACAUUAGCACAAACUGUAAGUUUUGGGAGGUGUAGGCCUACUAGAAAUACUGAUGGUUAUUGAUGUCAUUAUGGUGAUAACAGAACUUAAAGGUGGGGUAAGCGAUUUUUCAAAAUCGCUUUAGAAAACUGAU